GCGGUGCGCGCUCUGAGAGCCGGGAGUCAUGAAGCGACAUUAGGAACAAAUAACCGCGGGAAAGAAGAAAAAAAAGAUAGUAAGAGGACAACAGGACGAAGGGAAUAAAAUAGUCGGAGUGAAACAGGAACCAGGACGACGUCCAAGGGAGCCUGGGUGCAACAGUGGAACCUCCUCUUUGAGAGAGCUUCUCUCCUCUGGAUGGUAUGGCUGAAAUGUUGAAUCCGCCGGGCCUGCUGACUAUGCCCCGGAGCCCCACCUCCAGUGAGGAUGAGAUGGCCCAGAGCUUUUCUGACUACUCCGACGACUGUGCCUCCGACAGCUCCCACGAAGAGACCAUUUACGAGACCAUAAGGGCCACCGCCGAGCCUUCGCGGAACCACAUGGACGACAUUCACAUCAACUCGCUGGUCAUCCGCAUCGUCAUCCCCGACCUGCAGCAGACGAAAUGCAUGCGGUUCAACCCGAAUGCGACGGUCUGGGUUGCAAAGCAGCGGAUCCUGUGUACGCUUAAUCAGAGCCUGAAAGACGUGCUCAACUAUGGGCUUUUCCAGCCUGCUAGCAAUGGGAGGGACGGCAAGUUCCUGGAUGAAGAGCGCUUCUUUCGAGAGUACCCCCAGCCAAUCAGCAAGGGCGUCCCGUCUUUGGAGUUCCGCUACAAGAGCAGAGUCUACACGCAACCCAACGUGGACGAGAAACAGAUUGCCAAACUUCAUACAAAGGCCAAUCUGAGGAAGUUCAUGGACCUCAUCCAGCAUAAUCAAGUGGACAAAGUGUCUAAGAUGUUGGAGAGAGGCUUCGACCCCAACUACCAUGACAGUGAGACCGGUGAGAGUCCUCUGACAUUUGCAGCUCACCUGGACAACGUGGUGGAGUUGAUCAAGGUGCUGAAGACGGGCGGAGCUCACCUGGACUUCAGAGCCAAAGACGGAACGACUGCCCUCCACAAAGCCGCGCGCUCCAGGAACCUCGUUUCACUCACGACCCUGCUGGAGUUGGGAGCGUCUCCGGACUACAAGGACAGCCGUGGUCUGACUCCUCUGUAUCACAGCGUGAUGGUGGGGGGGGACCCGGGCUGCUGCGAGCUCCUGCUCAACCACCACGCCUCCGUCUGCUGCCAGGACGAGAACGGCUGGCAUGAAGUUCACCAGGCUUGCCGUCACGGCCACGUGCAGCACCUGGAGCAUCUGCUGUUCUACGGCGCAGACAUGAGCGCCCAGAAUGCCUCGGGAAACACUGCUCUCCACAUCUGUGCCCUAUACAACCAGGAUAACUGUGCCAGAGUGCUGCUGGUUCGUGGAGCCGACAAAGAAGUGAAGAACUACAACAGCCAGAGUCCAUUUCAGGUUGCCAUUAUUGCUGGGAACUUUGAGCUGGCUGAACUCGUCAAGAACCACAAAGAGACGGAUAUAGUGCCUUUCCGCGAGGCUCCAGCCUACUCCAAGCGCCGCCGGGGCCCGUCUUCUGGCAGCGGAAACGAGCCGUCCCCCUCCUCGCUGUCAGCGCCGCGGGUCCUGCUGCGCUCCAACAGCGACAACAACCUAACAGUCAGUCAGUACCAGCAGCAGCAGCAGCAGGCCCCCCAGCAGGGUCUCUCGCAGCCUGGCUCCUCAGCAUUACACCGCAGCCUGUCACCCCAGCUGCUCCAGCAGAUGCCCAGCGGCAGCCCAAAUGGCAACGUGGUGGUCCGGACCAUGGGGAGGGGGGCACGGAGCCGCUCACCCUCCCUCAGCCGGCUUGGGGAGGAGGCUCGCCGAGCUCCGCCUACACAGCGCCAGCCCAGCCUGUCAAAUACUGAUGCUUGCAGUCACGGCGAGGCCGUAGGCACCAGGAGGAAGCUGUACAGCGCCGUUCCUGGCAGACAUUUCGUGGUGGUUCGUCCUUACAUCGCCCAGGCCGAGGGAGAGAUCAACCUGUACAAGAGCGACCGGGUCAAAGUUCUGAGCAUCGGGGAGGGGGGUUUCUGGGAGGGCAGCGCCCGCGGCCAGGUGGGCUGGUUUCCAGCCGACUGUGUGGAGGAGAUCCCGGCCAAGGCCGCCGACGAGAGGAGCUAUUCUCGGGCAGACCGCGCUGACAGACGGAAGCUCUUCAGACACUACACGGUGGGCUCCUACGACAGCUUCGACGCCUCGAGUGACUGCGUGGUGGAUGAGAAGACGGUGGUGCUCCAGAAAAAGGAGAAUGAGGGAUUUGGCUUCGUCCUGCGAGGGGCAAAAGCGGACACGCCUAUCGAGGAGUUCACCCCCACGCCGGCCUUCCCCGCCCUGCAGUACCUGGAGUCUGUGGACGAGGGAGGGGUGGCAUGGCAGGCGGGGCUCCGAACCGGAGACUUCCUCAUCGAGGUGAACCAGGAGAAUGUGGUGAAGGUGGGCCACAGACAGGUGGUCAACAUGAUCCGCCAGGGAGGCAACCGGCUCCUGAUCAAGGUGGUGACAGUGAGCCGGAAUCUGGACCCCGACGACACGGCACGCAAAAAAGCCCCUCCGCCUCCAAAGAGAGCCCCGACCACCGCCCUGUCCAUGCGCUCCAAGUCCAUGACCUCUGAACUGGAGGAACUUGACAAGGUUGAAGAGAUGACGCACGCCCAGAAGACCUCGCCUGUUGAUACGAAGAUUGCCACAAUCAAACCACGCCCAUCCAGUCGCUGUUUGGUUACAGCAGCUGAUAUGAAUUCCAUGUAUCAUGACCGCCAGGGAGUAGCAGUGGUGCCACCCACUGUGCCUGGGGCCUUUCUGGGGAUACCUGAAAAGAGCACUUUGAAAAAGCAAAAGUCCAUAGGUACAUCGGAGGAUGAGAAACAGGGAUUCCUCACACCUCCCCUACUCAAGUUCUCCCGCAGCCUCUCUAUGCCCGACACCUCAGAAGACAUCCCUCCUCCUCCAGCCAUCUCACCUCCUUCGCCACCGGACUACAACUCAGCUGCUGCCCCAACGCCCAAGAGCUAUGGCACCACACGACCCAGCUUCACCCAGAACUCACCCAAUGCAGUGAAGACGAUUAGCCGGACCACCGACGUUGGUACGUUAAGGCGUGGCUAUUUCCGCCAGAGCUCCGAGCACUUUGAGACCACACGCAUUCGAGGGCGUACACCAGUGCCAGAGAACCCUUACUCCGAGGUGGGCAAUAAGACACUGUAUGUGCCAGCCAAACCAGCUCGAAGGAAGGGCAUGCUAGUAAAGCAGCCCAACGUUGAGGACAGUCCUGAGAAAACGUGUCAACGAACUUGCUCUUCCAUUCCCAUCCCCACUAUCAUCGUUAAGGAGCCCUCCACCAGCAGCAGUGGAAAGAGCAGCCAGGGUAGCAGUAUGGAGAUUGAGCCCACCACCCCUGAACACCCACCUCUAACGUCCACUGUUGGUGGUUUGCGUCCUGAAGACCCUAUGUCUCUAAGCAACCCCUUUGCGGCAGCUAUUGCCGGAGCAGUACGGGACCGGGAAAAGAGGCUAGAGGCAAAAAAGCAUUCAAUUACCUUCCAGUCAGUAGACAUGGGUGAUGAUGACUUCACUGGUCCCACACCAACACCUCGCCUUCGCCAUUCAAAGUCUAUCGAUGAAGGCAUGUUUAGUAGCGACGAGCGGCUUCGAAGGAUAUUGGGUCCCCCUCUCGCAUCACAGCUUGGCCCCCCUGUUGGGGGCGGUAGUGGCAACAUGACAGAUUUCAACACUCCUGAGCCUACAGUGGUACGGGAACCUCUAAACACUAGAACAGGCCAGUGUCCCAACCUGGACAGUCCUGUUAGUCUCCCAGCCACUCCUCCUAAGAGCCACUACAGGGCCAAUGGGACCUACCUCCAUCCUGUCACCGGCAAGCCCUUGGAUCCUAAUUCUCCACUUGCCCUGGCCCUGGCAGCUCGUGACCGGGCGAUGAAGGAGCAACAAAACCAUCCUCAGAAUCAGACACCAAAUCCUCCUCAGGUUCAGCAAACGCCCAAGCACGAAGCCCAGUCCCUCCCAAUUCAGCCAAGCCACAAACCAGACCUCAACCAACCGCUGUUUAUUGACACCAAACUACGCUCCGGGAUUGAGACAAGUUUCGCUGCAAUCUCCUCAGCAACCAUGGGCCGGCCUGGCCGAGGCGGUCUGCGGAGGCAGGCCACGGAGCAGAAGUAUGAGUCUGAUGGGGCACGGGAAGAACGGCAGCAUCAGGCAGCUGAGGAGAGGAAAAGUGCGCCAGCCGAUCUGACAGACACAUCACCGCCCAAGUCUGCCGGGCUGUUAAUGGUCCACACCAGCAACGAAGCAAGCAACAAGGUGAACAACCAAGAGAUGGAGGGGCAGGACAGCAACAGGCCUUCUGAGCUGAAGGACCCCAACCAACCCGAUCCUAACAACGCUACAACACUGUCCGUCAAUCCUCAGCCACCCUCAUCACGGAGGAGGAGCAUUCCCUUAGGUGAGUCCAUGGAUGAACCCGUAAAGCUGCCCUUCCGCAUCCCCCCUCCCCCUCUGGCCUCAGUUGACAUCGAUGAGGACUUUGAGUUCUCUGAGCCCCUUCCCCCGCCGCUAGAGUUUGCCAACAGCAUUGACAUUCCUGAUGAUCAGGCUAGUGCCAUUGCAGAGAUGCUUCAUCAACAGAGACGGAAUGGGGGACACACUCUACCCCCAUACCAUGGUCACGCCCCACCGCCUGUCACUGAUCAACACAAACGGGUUGCAAACAGCAUGCCCCCCUCGUAUCCUCCCCCUCCACCUGACUCAGAGUCAGGGGUGGGUGACUCGGGCAUCGAGGAGGUAGACAGCCGCAGUAGCGGGGAUCCUCAGCACAUGGAGACCACCAGCACCGUUUCCAGCAUCUCCACCCUGUCAUCGGAGGGAGGCUUCUGCGACAGCGCUCUGGAGAGCCUUUAUGCCACCGCAGACGGGCAUGCCUUCCUGGUGGAUCGGCCCCCUGUGCCACCCAAACCCAAGGGCAAGUCCGUCAUCAACAGAACAUCGCUUUAUCAUGACACUCUCAUUGAAGAGCCCCCGGAGUCCUAUGGGUCGCCUCCUCAGGCCCCUCCCCCUCCCCCUUCAUCCUCAGAACCUCCUAGGACUCCAACUCAAAGGACAUCCAAGCUGUGGGGCGAUCAGCCCCCCGAGCUGCGCAGCCCCCCAUCCACACCAGACUCCAAGAACACAGUUAUCACCGAGCUGAGCUCCAUUCUGCAGCACAUGAAUCGCGACAGGCCAGCCAAGCCAGGAGAUAGCCUCGACUCCCCCACGGGGACCAGGGGGGGCUUCGGAACAAGGCUUCCCGCAGACGACUCAGGGAUGCGUAACAACGCUGCGGCCGCCGCCCUCGCCUCCACCCCUCCCAGCAGCCUCCCCUCCCAGAUGCACCCCUGCAGCCCGCCAGACUCCGGCUCCUCCCUCACCCCCUGCUCCUCGCUGCCGCCCUCCGUGUCGCCCACCCUCACCGACGUCUUCGGCCUGCCCACCCCGCCCAUGGGCAGCGGCGGCGCCUACAGCCUGAGCUCCUCGUGCGGCGGCAGUGGGAGCUCGCGCUCGCCGUCGCCGCUCACCCUGAUGCAGGCGGUGGCGGCCUCGGGCAAGCCGUUCGCCUCCAAGCCCGUGGAGCUGUGGAGCAAGCACGACGUGGCCGACUGGCUGGAGAGCCUGAACCUGGGCGAGCACCGGGACGCCUUCCUGGACAACGAGAUCGAGGGCGCCCACCUGCCCUCGCUGCAGAAGGAGGACCUGAUAGACCUGGGCGUGACCAGGGUGGGCCACCGCAUGAACAUCGAGCGGGCCCUCAAGCUGCUGCAGGACAGAUAAG